AUGGCUCAUGCUACACCCGAAUUCUAUGCCAUUCAGAGCUCAAGUCCGAUUACUACCCUUCGUUUCUCUCAGCAGGCACCAGUGAUCCUUAAACAUCAACUACACUCGGAGAAGAAUCCAAUAUCUGCAAUAAUAGCUAAACAAGAGUCACCAGAGAAAUAUGGUGUAAUAGAGCAACUGUUCUUCUCCUGUCUACAAACCGGUGAUGAUAGGUCUGCUCUGUUAUGUCUCGAGCAAUUGACAUGUCGUUUCGGCUCUUCGAAUGAGAAAGUAAUGGGGUUGCGUGGCCUAUAUGAGGAGGCUAUAGCUGAAAAUCAGUCUGAUCUGGAGGAUUCCCUACGUAAAUACGAUUCCUACCUGUCGGAGAACCCACUUAAUUUGCCUAUUUUAAAACGCCGUGUCGCGCUCUUGCGUUCACUUUCAAGGCCUGCAGAUGCUAUAACCGGCUUGGUAGAGCUCCUAAAAGCCGUGCCUACCGAUGCAGAGGCCUGGUGUGAACUUGCAGAUCUAUAUCAGUCUCAAGGAUUGAGCUCGCAAGCAAUAUUCAGUCUCGAAGAGGCCCUGUUAAUCGCCCCUAAUGCUUGGAAUAUUCAUGCUCGUCUUGGAGAAGUUCUAUACAUCUGCGCCCGCACUGCGGGGACAGAAGUUUCCUCUCGGUAUUUGCAAAGAUCUAUCCAAUAUUUUUGUAGAAGCGUCGAACUAUGUGACGAUUAUCUUAGGGGGUUUUAUGGCUUAGUUUUGGCGACUUCGCUUCAACUUAAAAGAGAAUACACGAUGGGUUUUGCGCAGGCGUCAUCGUCGGCGUCAACGGAUGAUUUCUUACCCAAAGAGAAGGCCGAUAAAUUGAAUCUUCUUGCUAGAAGAAAACUUGAGGACAUUGUAAAACAGCGGUCUGGAAACCGCCAGCUUUGGGAGCAUGCGCAAGGCGAACUCAUUGCAGCCCAAGAGCUUCUUGACCGCAACUUAUGUUAA